CUUUACAGAACCCCCAAAGCCCCGAAAACCUCAUCGCCGCCAUUCCCGACCUUCAAUUCGGUAAACCACAUUCACAAUGGCCAAGUCAAAGAACUCGUCUCAGCACAACCAGUCGCGGAAGGCUCACCGCAACGGUAUUAAGAAGCCCAAGACCUCAAGGUACCCCUCGCUCAAGGGUACCGACCCCAAGUUCCGCCGUAACCACAGGCACGCACUGCACGGAACGGCCAAGGCUAUUAAGGAGUUCAAGGAGGGCAAGCGGGAGACGGCUUGAACGGACGAUGUUUGAUCAAAUUAAGCAAUAACGACGGCAAACUUGGGGUUUCUCGGAAGGACAAAAGGCAUCGAUUCGGCGGCGUUUUGAAGGUUUCUCAACCCGCCACCCAGGCGUUUUUGACGAGCUUUUUUCUAGGGCAAAGAGACAUUCGUGCAUUUGGGCAAACAAAACCUACGACACUCUCGGAUCUGUCAUGAUGGGUCGAUAGCCUGCCUUUCGGUGCAACUCGUGCACAACACGCACGCUGCAUGCACCUCGUUUGACGAAUAUGACGACCCGACCUUGUUUCCCUGGCCCUGCGCCUUGCCCGUGCUGCGGUCGACCUGCAAAUCUGUUAACGCAACGUGAAGGGACGCCCCUGAUUUUUACAGUCAUCUUUUGACGGCAUUAGUGUGUACAGCACAGAGCCUAUUACCAUGCUCGUUUUGCUGAAGGAAACUUAUCGUGCCAAGAUUGAUCCUUUUGUCCGCCUAUUACCAAACACCUCCGGCUGCUUACCUCUACGGCCGCGGUGCAUGAAUGAUGGACUACAUCCCCUUGACCUCGCUAACUUUGAAGCUGGUUAUUGUAUGUGGGUGGUUGUAGUUACUACACGUAUGAUUGGUUGAUUGAUAGACGCUGGUAGAUGGAAAAUAGACUUGGGUAUGAGUUAUGAGUACAGUAGCUGUGGCAUGAAUGGUGUGGCUUUCGGCCACAGUACAUUACUGUUUAGGUUUACGUAUGGGUCAUGCAACCUCCUAGAUGAGAGCAUAAAUAAAAGCUUGGUUUCUACAGUGGCGUUGGACGACGAUCAAGAAGGUCUAACGUCU